UAAAAAGGCAAGCCUCGCACGCAACUCUCAGCGCCUAGAUCAAAAAAAAUGAGCUACAAAGCGUUGAUCAACAAGGUUUUUACGCGAAAAUACCAGUUUGCCCUUCAGCCGAAUUCUGUCGAGUUUCUCGAAGAAGUCCUCAGUGAACAUGAGAUAGCGCCCGACCAAGUCCAGGAUGCGCUGGAAGCCAUAGCAAAGGAAUGCCAGAAACAGGGAGAUUGUACCACCAUCGUCACGAGAGACAUCUUGGUCAGGGUGUACGAGCUCAUGAGGGAGGCAGGAGAAGAUGGACCAAGCGUUAACCCACUAGAUGCGGACCUCUUAGACCCCGAGAACCAUCUAUUUAUAAUUGACGCCUUCGACAUGCCAAGUUGGUACUACUCUGCCGACCGAAAGGCAUUCGAGAGAACGCCAUGGAAAUCUGCUGUAGGCGGUACGGCUCAAUCAAGGACACAACUAAUGCGAAGUCGGCACGAUCUGAUCAAACAGUUUGUCCUUCGGAACGAGAAUUUUUCACCUCCGAUAUCGGGAAGGGAUAGAGCUAGCUACCUCAAGAUAACAUCAACCAAAAACCUACUGGGGCGAAUAGGGGAACGGUUCCUUCUGUUCGGUAUGCUAUCGCAUGACUCUGCUGGAAAGCUUUGUCUGGAAGAUACGGAGGGGAAGGUAAUGUUGGACAUCACCGACACAGCACCAAGCGAGGGCUUCUUCACAGAGGGGUGCUUCGUCCUUGUAGAGGGUGAUUAUACUGCGAAUGAAAGUUUUGCUGUGAUUGCGAUUGGACAUCCUCCUAGCGAACGGCGUGCAGUAGCAAGGUCGAUUUUUGGUCAUAUUGAUAUGCUUGGAAAUGGGGCUACCACCGUAUUGGAAGAUGCCAGCUAUCAGGAACGUCUUGAGUUGGAAUAUUCAAGACUGUCCUUUCUAGUCAUGUCAGACUUGUGGCUCGACCACCGUCGCACUCUGGAAGGAUUGAGCAAGGUGUUCGAAGGAUGUGUUGAGAAUGAUUUCAUCCCUCUCAUCUUCAUCCUAUGUGGUAAUUUCACCAGCGGCUCACUCGAUUUGACGUCUGGCGAUGGAUUAGCGAAAUAUCAAGACAAUCUGGACAGUUUGGCGGACCUCAUUGCCGGGUUUCCGGCGAUAUCUCGGAAUUCACACUUUGUGUUCGUGCCCGGUCCACUCGAUCCAUGGGGUUCCUCGACGCUUCCUCGCCGCCCACUUCCAUCCUCUUUCACCUCGCGUAUACGAAGCAGGGUCCCUAAAUCCCACUUUCCGAGCAAUCCUGCCCGGAUCAAGUUCUUCGGACUAGAAGUUGUCAUCUUUAGGGAAGAUCUAAUGGCGAAGAUGCUGCGCAAUUUGAUUGGUGUGAAACCAGACCUCCAGGGCUCAGACCUCAAGCGUUUUCUGGUGCAAACUAUUGUGGACCAAUGCAAUCUUUCGCCUCUUCCAUUUCCCGUCUCGCCGAUACUGUGGGAUUUCGACCAUGCGCUACGCUUGUACCCAAUGCCUUCUGCGGUAAUUCUAGCGGACAGUUACGAACGAUACGAUCUUACCUAUGAAGGCUGUCACGUCUUCAAUCCCGGUAAUUUUGUCGGGAAUGAAUUUGGGUUCUCAAUAUACUUUCCUGCUACGGGGCGGUCAGAGGCUUCAUCUAUUGACACCGAAAAUGUUGAAUAACCCAUUCAAGAUUCAUGUCAAGAUUAUCCCUCGGAGCAUUCAUCUUCAACUUUGCCUCCUUUUGUAUGUUGCAUGUUGUCACCGGCCCCCUCCCCCUUCCCCAAUAUGUGAAGCCUUUAUCGGAGUUCGCCCCGAGAGUAGACCAAGCCAAAUCAUUCACCGCAACCGCUGAGCAAAGCAAUAUAUUUGCUCGCGGUAAUCCCUUCCCGUCAUUGAAACGGCUCCACUAUUAGCCUCUUGGGCGGCGUUGUCUAGCCUGUAUCCAAUGUACCGCAUCAGAAAACGCGCUGUAUCUCGAUGAGAACGUUCCUUGAUAGAACUACCCAAUUGGAUCCCUGUUCGCGUGCAAUUCAGCUUGCCAAUC